AUGAGCACAACGGCGGCCAACCAGCAAAUAAUGGGGCUUCAAGGAGGUGCGCCGCCGGCGUCAUCCCAGGUCCCUUCUGGUCGAAAAGGCACCAAGAAAGUCCGGACUGGAUGUGUCACCUGCAAGUUGAGUCCGAGUCUUCCAUUUCAACUGCUGCUCUUUGUCCGAGGCCGGUCAUCCCAUCUCUUGUCGUCUCAACACUCGUCAUCUCAUCUUGCCUCAAUUCGAAAGGUCAAGUGUGACGAGACCAAGCCUGCAUGCCUUCGCUGCAACAAGACGGGUCGGAAAUGCGACGGCUACUUGCCUCCCAAGCUGCCGGGGAACAAUCCCGGCGGCGUCAUGCGCUUAAGCCCGCCUGUCUCGCCCUUUGCGGACUGGGCCGGUGGUACCAAGGAGCAGCGCGCCUUUGAUUUCUAUCGUAGCUUUUCCGCCCCGUCUAUCUUCAGCGACGGCGUCAGCUCGAUGCUGUGGAAGAAGCUGGUGCCGCACUUUUGCCAUGCCGAGCCGGCAAUCCGUCACGCCGUCCUCGCCAUUAGCAGUCUUCAUGAGACGCUAGCGUUGCCGCCGGGCUCCAAUUCGGCCGUUGAAGAGGAAAACAACCAUGGCGUGCUGACCAACGCAUUUGCUGCCGAGCAGUACGGCAAAGCUCUGAAGUGUCUCCAGGAAUGGAAGCCCACCGAGACAUCGCCAGCAACAGUGCCGUUGCUGGCGUGUCUAUUGUUCAUCUGCAUAGAGUUCAUGCUUGGAGACGAGGGCGCGUCGCAAGUUCACAUCAACCAGGGCAGACUAAUCCUCUCGCAGCUCGAGCCUUCGACAGACGUGGACAUGAUCAAGAAACACUUCGUGCCCGUCUACAGCCGGCUCGCCCUCGCAUCCUUCCUUUUUGGUUGCUUCCCCGCCGCGAUACCGCCAAACAUGAAAGCAAGCUCUGCCACGAAUCUGUUCUUCUCAUCAGUAGACGAGGCCGAGGUUGCGCUCUACGAACUGAUCGAUGACGGGCUACGAUUCACGGCCAAAGCCAAAAGAGCAGCCUACUCAUAUCCCCCGAGCGAUCCGACUUUACUGGAACUGGAUCGCGAGCAAGAUGACUUCCUCGCAAAACUAUCGCAAUGGCAUGUGUCCUUUGUCGUCAUCUCGGCCAUUGAUGACGCGUUGAGCAAAUGCAAGCUGUGCAUGGUGUACUACCACGCAGCCAGGAUCGCCAUCAGCACUGCGAUGGACACCCUGGAGACGGCGUUCGACAACCAUAUCGUAACUUUCGCGUCCAUCAUCAGCAACGCAGCCGAGUUUGUGCACGCGUCACGGAGAGUGUCGGGGCGCGACCCUUCCCAGGCCGCCAUGGCGAUGCCCAAAUUCGUCUUUGACACCGAGAUCAUCCCGCCGCUAUACUACGUAAGCAUCAAAUGCCGGCAUCCCAUGCUACGGCGCGCGGCCGUGGACUUGCUGAAGCAAGAAACAGUCAGGAAGCGAAAGGAGAACCUGUGGGAUGCGCAGAUGAUCUCCGAGAUCGGCAAGCGCUGUAUAAACAUUGAAGAAGAAGCCGCCCGUCGCCGCGACGAAUCGGUCGAUUUGACCGCAGGAUGGGACACGGUCUCCUGGGAGGAAUCGGACGGUGUGCCCAUCGGUCUUUUCCCCACGAACAAUGACCCCAGCAUCGACUGCGACUACCCAGUGCCUCGGGUCCAGUAUCCUCAGAUCCCCAAGCUCACCAACACCCAAAUCAACGCGGAAUACGAGCGGACCAGAGACCUUGUGAGAAACCUCGUCCAGAGCAGACACACGACGCCCAGUUCCAUGUCGACUGGGUCAACGUCGUCGUCGUCGUCGUCGUCAUCUGGCGGCAGCAGCGCCUUCUGGGGACCGCAUCAGCUCGAGGCGCCGUUCGGUCUGCCCGAGCAUGCGAGGAUAAAGAACGCACUCAUCGACAAUGAGUCGAAGUGGGGGAGCUGGAUCACCGUCUUUAUGGACCCGAAAGAGGCCGGAGCGGCGCAUUGGAAGGUGACCAGGGAGUUUAUUCGGCGGUCAUCAGCGCGGGUGUAG